AUGAUCAUCGGUCCGCCUCAGAGGGACGAGGAUGAGGGUGAGAGCGAAGGCGAGGGCAGGGAAGAGUGGGUGGAGGGCGAGGGCGAAGGGGCGGCAGGGGACGCGGAGUGGGUAGAGGGGGGCGCGGAGUGGGUAGAGGGGGGCGCGGAGUGGGUAGAGGGGGGCGCGGAGUGGGUAGAGGGGGGCGCGGAGUGGGUAGAGGGGGGCGCGGAGUGGGUAGAGGGGGGCGCGGAGUGGGUAGAGGGGGGCGCGGAGUGGGCGGAGGGGGGCGCGGAGUGGGCGGAGGGGGGCACGGAGUGGGAGGGGGAAACGCCGAAGCAUCCCACAGACCGGUACCAAGAAGACACAAGACGCUGGGGCCGUGGCCCCAAGUCUGCUGCUUUUGAGGCACCUCAGCCCAAGGAUCCCGAAGACCGGUACCAAGAAGACAUGAGACGCUGGGGCCGGGGCUCCAACCCUGCUGCGACGUCAAGUCAAGGGCAACCCUCCCAGCUCCACUACCUGCCGUACCUUCAGCAGCGGCUGCAGCAGCAGCAGCAGCAGCAGCAGCAGCAGCAGCAGCAGCAGCAGCAGCAGCAGCAGCAGCAGCAGCAGCAGCAGCAGCAGCAGCAGCAGCAGCAGCAGCAGCAGCAGCAGCAGCAGCAGCAGCAGCAGCAGCAACAGCAGCGCCUUUCCCAGCGUGCAGUGGGGGUCCCCUCGCAUGGUCGGCCCCGCCGUACCGUGUCUGAGCUGCCCUCAGCUGUCCUCAGCAGCGAUUUCUCCUGGGAGAGUGGCCGCACGCAAUUCUCCUCCUCGGAAUCCCCUGGUGGGGGCUAUAAUGAUCACAGGUCUUCCCAAACCAACGGCCCAGGAGAUGGGGCCUGGGGGGAAAGAGAGGAGGACGACGAGGAGGACGAGGAUGAGGAGGGAGAGACGCAAGACACAGCGCAACGGGAGUAUUUACACGACUCGGAUCUGUAUGGGGAUGAUGAUGCUGUGGGUGACGUCACGGAUGAUGCUAUGGAUGACGUCACGAGUGGGGCAUGGAGAGGGGACGAGGUGCAAGGGGAGGAGCGAGCGAUGAUGUCAGCAGCAGCUGCUGCCAUGCUGGACCUCGAGCUGUCUGACUCAGCACAGGAAACUGCCACGGAGGAUGAAUGGAUAGGGGAUGAGCGCAAGGUGGGGCAGAGGGGGGAUGGCAAGUGGAAGGCAGAUGGGGAGGAGGCGAGAGUGAAGGGAAAAUGGAAGGUGAAUGAGGAAGAGGUGAGAGAGGCUUGGGACGCAGUGGGAGUGAUGAUGAGGGGAGGUGUGGAAGGGCGGAGAGGGAAGGGUGCGGGACGAGAGGAGAGGGGAAGGGGACAGGAGAAGGAGGAGGUAAGGCGAAGGGGAGCAGAUGCGGAUGAUGCUUCUUUUGGGAGCACUCCCCUCCCCCUCGCCUCGGUCGUUAUUCCCCCCGACAUUGCCGAUUUUCUCGAUGCUGACCCGACGGGCAGCCUCAAACGGGCAGGUGAAAGUUUUCUCUCAGGGAAAAGCUCUACCUUCCCUGGUGAUCCUGCCUUCCCUGAUCCCACUCAUAAUGACAAGGAUUCAAUCACUGCGGCUCUUGCUCCCACCGUUCGAGCUUGUACCACACCAGAGGCAGCUAAUAACGAGUCUGCUGGGGCAUCUGCUGGUAACCGCUUGGCACGAGUGCAAAAGAAGAAGAAGGCUAGUGCUUCUUCUGAGGCGGCUCAUACCAGUAAGGCUGCUUUCGAGACUGACGCGGUGCAGGCCAGUAAGUCUGCUUCCCCUGCAGGGCAGGAGGGGGAGAUGGGAAAGAGCUUGACUGUGAAAGAGCGUGCUAUGAGGAAGGGUCUGCUUUCGGGGGCACUGGCAGACCUCGGGAGGGGUGGGGAAGAUGAGAAGGGGAGCGAUGGAGGGAAUGGGAGCAGGGGCCUUGGGAAAGAUGAGGGCUGGGGGGAUGGAAAAGCUAGCAUGGAUCGCCUAGUGUGCCAUUCCUCCGUUGCGCCGCACACACUCGCCGCGCCGUUACGCGCCGAUUCGCGCGCGCGAAAAGGAGCGGUUGCAGCUGUUGCCGUGCCGCGAUCAACGUCGAGGGUUAAGCUCGAUGCUCACUUGGCGAGCCGCGCCCACGUGGGCGCGAAGCAGCUGAUGGGUCAGGGCCUCCAUUCGGCGACGGAAGUGCUGCGAUCACGACACGUGGCGGGAGGGGAUUCGCGCGGAAGACGAGGAGUUGUUGAGAUGGUCAUUCCGUUUCAAAAGGGCGAGGCGACACAGCAGCCGCCUCCCGACCUCCCAUCGUACCUGUUCAAGAACCGCAUUGUGUUCCUGGGCAUGUCGCUCGUGCCGUCCGUCACUGAGCUCAUCAUGGCGGAGCUGCUUUAUCUUCAAUACGACAGCCCGGAGAAACCCAUCUACAUGUAUAUCAAUUCGACGGGAACUACCAAGGAUGGUGAGAAGCUGGGGUACGAGACAGAGGCGUUUGCCAUCUACGACACCAUGCGCUAUGUGAAGCCACCAAUUUUCACUCUCUGUGUGGGCAACGCAUGGGGAGAAGCAGCGCUGCUGCUCUCUGCUGGCUCUAAGGGCAACCGGUCAGCGCUGCCGUCCUCCUCCAUCAUGCUCAAGCAGCCCAUCUCACGGUUCCGCGGGCAGGCCACUGACAUUGACAUCAUGCGCAAGGAAGUGCGGAACGUGAAGACAGAACUGGUGAAGCUGUAUUCACGGCACACAGGCAAGUCAGAGGAGACGAUCGAGCAUGACAUCCGGCGUCCCUUGUACCUCACGCCUGAUGCUGCUGUGGAGUAUGGCAUCAUUGAUAAGGUUCUCGACACUGAUGCGAAGAAUGACAGUGUUGUCGACUCCCUUCGCAAAAGGCAGCUUAUUUAG